AUGGAUAAUCCUUUGUUCGGUGGGUCUUGGGAUCGAGUCCCUGAAGGGCGAUCUUAUCAAAGGCCGCAUUACUAUCAUCCAAACCCUUACGCUGCAAAUUCGUACGCAACUCCAGUAAAAUCGGAGAGCACGCCCAAGGUAAAGGCCAAGAAGGUCGUCUCAAUUCCAAUCAAUUUCGUCGAUUCUGAGACACCCAAAUCCAAAAAGGCGCCCGCCAUGGACGAAAAUACAGCGGCUGUAAAAAUUCAAUCGGCUUUCCUAGGGUUUUGUGUGAGGAAGUCAAGGCCUCUGAACAAAUUGAGGGUUAUAAUGAAAACCAAGGCAGAGGCUGCAGAAAUUCGGAGGCGUGUGAAUGACGAACAUGUUGUGGAGUUGAUCAGACGAGAUGAGAAGGAGCGGGUGAAAAUGACGGAGUGGAUCAUGUCUCUACUGCUCAGGCUCGACGAAAUUCAGGGAGUGAUUCCUUUUGUGCGGGAAUCAAGAAAGGCUGUGAUUCGUGAGCUGGUUAACUUGGAAGAGACUGUAGAUGACAUAAUUGCACCCAAAUCCAGGCAAGAUGCUGCUACAGAAGUUUCAGUAACUUCUGAAGCGACAGUGGAGGAUUGCACCAUUGUUGAAGAAAAUGGAUCUGCUAGGUGCUUGGAGGAGAAUCCCAAUGAGGAAUUCAAGAGCAAGGAGUUGCCAGGUGGAGCAAUUGAGGUCUCUGUGAGUAGUGAAAAAGCAUUAGCAGAGGAGUCUUUGCCUUCUCCAAUGCGAGAUUUGCAAAUUGAGGCUUCCCCUGAAGAAGACAAUAAUAACAUUGGAGUAGAAGUUUUUGAACAGAGCUCUUCUGAAGCUGGAAAAACAAUGGUUGAUGUUGUUGAUAAAGAUGCAGAGAAUUUGAAAAGAAACAAAGUUGAUCCAUCACCUGCAAUCCCUUGCACAGAGGAAGGUGUUCAGUUAGGAAAUUCAAGGGAUGAUGAAAACCCUUGUAAAUCUCUAGGCUUGUUGGAGACUGAUGCAUCACCUGCAAUCCCUUGCACAGAAGAAGGUAUUAAAACAGGAAAUUCAAGGGAUGAUGAAGGAGCAGGGGAUAAGAUGACAGAGCAAGUAAAGGCCAUUGAAGAUAUUGGCUUGGUAAGAGAAGAGAAUGAGAAAUUAAUGAGGAGUGUAUCUGAUCUGUUGAAGAAAAGUGAGAAACAGAAUGAGAUUAUUCAUGAUCUGAGUCUGCGAGUUUCACAGUUGGAAGAGCAAGUAUCUCGGUGCAACAAAAAGAAAAAGGUUGGGGAUGGAAAGAUGAAAAGUGGUGGAUCUAAAAAGGAAAGAGAUGCACAUACAAACAACAGGAGGAGAAAAUCUGAGAGAUCCUGUUUUAUGGAGGAUUGGUUUUGA